AUGGCUGACCCGGAAUGGGAUGCCUUCAGGCCAGAAAUUGAGCGGCUUUAUGUUUACGAGAGCAAACCUCUAUCCGCUGUCCUGGAGUACAUGGAAAAUAAGUACUCUAUGGUGACCUCCCGCGCAAAAUUGAACAGGAUGCUCACCGCCUGGGGAAUUGAAAAGAGCCUUACCACUCGCCCGGAGGAAUGGCCUUAUAUUGGGAGAAAAAUCUUGAAAAGAAAGCGGGAUGAUGAAAAAGAAAGUGAAAUUCAUAUUCGAGGAGAGCAAGUUCAGCCUGAAAAGGUCAAGAAGAAAAUGUACAGGGAAGCCUAUGUGCCAACAAGGGACUUGAUUUCCAACGUGCCGUCACCGCAAACCCCAGAGGGUGUUCUAGUAUGGACCCCAGCAUCACCAGGAAUGCGUCUCAACUGGGAUAGGUCUCUUCCUUGGCUGCGAUUCCUCCAGCUCCUACAACCUCCACGCAGGCAAGGUCCAAACACGCCCUCGCCCCUCGCUGUAUCCUCUCCUUCAUUGUCAUUUCCUACUCCAUCUCCAUCUUCGUCUCUUGCUAUAUCCUCACCCGGAAAGUCCUAUGCAAUGUAUCGAGCCGUCAACAGGGAGUUGCUCCAGCGAUUAAGCUCCAUCAUACCCUGGGGAAGACUGAACAGCCCUCCAACCAUACAAAGCAGUUCCAAAACAGCUGCUGCAUUAACAAUUCUGAUGCCUGAGGAGUUCAAAGGUGACCAUCAGAGUUUGUCGUCGAGAUUGAGCAGCUCUAGGAACAGCGGAAAAGAUCUUCUGGCCGUGGAACUUUUCCUUCUCUCCAACAACCUGUUCCCCAAUGACCCUGAAGGGCGAUCAACAUGGGGAAUGGAAUCCGAAGAUAUGCGAGUGAUGAAAAUGCUUAAGGAUUCUGGCUGGAGUGAUGCAAAACAUCUCAGACUCUUGUUAUCAAUGCAGGAGCCAUCAGCCGAAGCUAUUGCGGAGAAGGUCUUCGCAAGUUCACUGCGACUUCUAGAUUUGGAGACAGUGAAAAUUAUGCUCGAGGCUCAGAUGGAUCCAAAUGGAAAGAUUGAAACAGUCGAGGACGGCAUGUUAACGCCACUGCAAUUUGCCGCAAGUCUUGAUGAUGACGACGAUGGUGCUAAAUUGAUUGACUUGUUGGUAGCCCAUGGAGCCAGCGUGAAUUCAUCUAUCGAUGAAUAUACCCCAUUGUUUUAUGCAAUUCGUCCUCACAACACUGAAUGCAUGGAUAAGCUUUUACGGCAGCGCGCUGUGGUAACGCCACCAUGCCUUUCUGCCGCAACGAUGUUAGAUAACUUCGAAGCUUUCAAAGAGAUAGUCGAUUCUUGCCCCGAUGUGAAUGGACGAUCAGGAUUGCAGGGCCAUAGUGCUCUUGCAGAGGCCGUGAAGAUUGGUGAUGUCUCGAUGAUUCAGCUUCUGCUAGGGAAAGGUGCGAAGAUGAAUGAGCUAGUCGCUAUCGAAUUCGAACAAGAUACUGCUACUACAACAAUAUUGGGACUUGGCGUGCAAACCCAGACUCUUGAAGUCAUACAAUCAUUACUGGGCCACGACGUUGCUAUCAGCCCUGAAUUCAAUGACUUUCCCUUCAUCUCCCCCCUUACAUUGGCUGUUGAGAGGGGAAGGUCUGAUAUCGUCAUGUCCUUGCUGCAGGAGGGAAUGGAUGUGAAUGCUCUUGAUGCGGGAUCAGACAAGACUCUACUUGAAAGAGCAGCUAAGAAGAAAAGUCUUGCUCUUUGUGAAGCUUUGAUGGCCAACGGAGCCAAGCUUGACGAUGAAAAUUCCAGUUCCGCAGCCGAGUCCUCGGCACUUCUUGUUGCUUUGAUGGAUGGUUCGACGGAUAUCGUUGCGCUCUUCAUUGCCGCACAUGCGCGUCUCAAUGAUCAAUACACGAAGCCUCCUGGUUCUGUUCUUGGCGCAGCCAUUGAAAUGGGAGAUAUGGAAUUAAUUCGCAUGCUGAUAACAGCCGGUGCUCGAAUGAUUGGGGCGAUGAUCCGGAAGAUAGGAGAUCUAGAAACUGCACAGUUUCUACAGGGAGUGGGAGUUCUGCAAAACUUAUUACUCAUUUCUGGAAGCAGGAUUUUGGCCGCUGCUAUCACCGAUCGCCAACUCAACUUGGCCCAAUAUCUGCUUGAUCAUGAUGCUGGUCUUGGAGACCAAGUCGGGAAAGAAGACGAUUCUUCUGAGGAGCAAAGUCCAUUAGAGGCUGCGAUAGAGCAAGGAAAUUUACGAUUCGCGGAAACUCUCUUGGAUCGGGGCGCCAAGGUCACGGAUGGUGUUCUAGCAGGCGCUGUGAGAUCGUCAUAUUGUGAUUCCAUGUUCCAGCGACGUCUCCUGGCUGGUUUUCAUGGAAGCGCUCCAAGUGCUAUAGGAACUGCAAUCCUUUUUCUUCAGCCGCUGGAUCUGUUCCAAGAGGCAAAUAUCGACCCCAGAGGUACACCGAUACUCAAAACCUCUUAUUCUGAGCUGGAGGGAUCUGAUUUUGAAAUUCCAUCUGCGAAGUCUGUCCUUGAGCUUGGGGUCAUAAUGGGAAACAAGGAGGAGUUGCUCUCUCUACUUGAAUGGAUUCCCUGGAGUGCAAGUCUUGUUGGGCGCGCUCUGAUACUCGCCAUUCUUAUUAAAGAGCAAAAUCUGUUGGGUAUUCUGAUGAAAUUCCGCCCUGACGUUGCCGAAGAGAUCACGAUUGCUACCAUUAUCCAUGGUGUCGACGAUUCUGAGACAAUCACUAGAAACGAAGGCACCUAUACCCCGCUUCAAGCUGCAGUCAAGCACCAGUAUAUCGAAGUUGCGACUGAAUUAGCAAAGAGCGCGGAUGUCAAUUUCUUGGGAAACGGCGCACGUCGCCGAACACCUUUGCAACAUGCCGUUGAGAACGGCAAUAUGGAGCUUGUCAAUAUGCUUUUGAAGCGUGGAGCUCGAGUCGAUGGUGCUCCUGCCGAGGAUGGUGGCGCAACCGCUUUGCAGAUUGCAUCCCUUCGUGGAUAUAUCGGCAUUGCACAGAGAAUGCUUGAUUUAGGUGCGGAUGUCAAUGAAGCCCCUGCGAAGCGCAAUGGGCGAACAGCUUUGCAAGGUGCGGCCGAAUACGGUCGCAUUGAUAUGCUGCACAUGCUUCUUGAUAAAGGGCCGUCGGUUGUCGGGGAUGCUGAGCGCCACUAUCUCAAAGCUGUAGAGCUCGCAGAGGGGAACGGGCAUAUGGCCGCUGCGAAAAUUCUCAAGCAUUUCCGGAGCACUGUUGAGCCGAGCCCAUCUUAA